AUGGCGUCUAAUUUUAACGACGUGGUGAAGCAGGGCUACGUGAGGAUCCGGAGCAGGAAGCUGGGGAUUUUCAGACGAUGUUGGCUUGUGCUGAAGAAAGCCUCGAGUAAAGGACCCCGGCGGUUAGAGAAGUACCCCGACGAAAAGGCUGCGUACUUCAGGAGUUUUCAUAAGGUAACGGAGCUGCAGAACAUCAAGAACGUCACCAGGAUGCCGCGAGAGACCAAGAAACACGCCGUGGUGAUUAUCUUCACCGACGAGACGUCCAAAACCUUCGCCUGUGAUUCGGAACUGGAGGCGGAGGAGUGGUGCAAACUGCUGUGUUUGGAGUGUUUGGGCACUCGGGUUAACGACAUCAGCCUGGGCGAGCCGGAUUUAUUAGCGGCGGGAGUUCAGAGAGAACAGAACGAGAGAUUUAACGUGUACCUGAUGCCCACGCCGAACCUGGACAUCUACGGCGAGUGCACCAUGCAGAUCACGCAGGAGAACAUUUAUCUGUGGGACGUCCAGAACGCCAGGAUCAAACUGGUCACGUGGCCCCUGAGCUCGCUCCGACGGUACGGGCGCGACUCCACCUGCUUCACCUUCGAGUCCGGCAGGAUGUGUGACACGGGCGAAGGGCUCUUCACGUUCCAGACGAGAGAGGGAGAGGUCAUCUACCGGAGAGUCCACGCCGCCACGCUGUCCAUCGCCGAGCAGCACCAACGUAUGAUGCUGGAAAUCGAGAAGAAGUCGCAGACUCUUUCGAGCGUGAACACGUUAAGAAAGUCGGUAUCGUUACCACGAAGCGCCUACUGGCAUCACAUCACCCGUCAGAACAGCGUGGGAGACAUUUACACUUACGGAGGUAUGAAUUCAAUGACGACACCGAUUCCUCGAGCUCAGACCUUCCAGACAUUUCUGACCGAGGAAACAGAGGAAAAGAUCAAGAGAAGCACUGCUCCAUCUACUGAACACACACAGAACUACACGUCUACAACGCACCACUGACAGGAACCAUGAGGAACCAUCUGGAACCCACAGAAACCACCAGUAACCGAGAGGAACCAUCAGGAACUGACAGGAACCACCAGGAACCCACAGAAACCACCAGUAACUGAGAGGAACCAUCAGAAACUGACAGAAACAUGAAUAGAAAUAAAGAAAACCCAUUUCACACUGUUAACACAAUCACUGGGCGUGUACAGAUUGGACCUGAUGUGUAAUUCUGUAGAAUAUUUCAUGUUUAGAUCUGUAAUGAACUGCCUGUAGAGAGGAACGACAUUUAGAAACGUUUUCUACCUUCUAAAGCAACAGACGCCUGAUAUUUUAUUUAUUUGUUCCCAUAUUACCGUAUUUUUUAGAC